AUGCGGAAGGUCAGAUUUACUAGGUCAAACUUUCCUCUCAUUUUACAGGGCUUGAACUCAAAAGCAACCAGUGGAAAGUUAGCAAUCACCUCAGUUGCUCUUCAAGACCAUAUCGCACGAAACUUACUGCUUCAGAAUUUGUCACUGUGUGACCCUGUGAAGACAAGAUGGUGCCGAAGAGCCGCCACUGAAACACACUGCAAACGAAACCAUGGAACUGUGAAACAGAAAGGGCCCCAGCAACACGAUGGAGAGGAGAAAGAGUAUGUGCUUGACCCAGCAGCUCCACCACUGACAUUAGCCCAGAAAUUGGGUUUGGUGCAGUCCCCGGCCAGAAAACUGACGGUAGAUGAAUGGAGUCGGGUCAAGUCGAGGUCUAUUCAUGAAGGGGACUCCAAGCAGCCCUGUGUGAUCUGCAGGGAGGAGUUUCGCUUACAGACUCAGGUUUUGCUCUCCUGCUCCCAUGUGUUUCACAGAGCCUGUCUGCAGGCUUUUGAGAGGUUUUCAGGCAGGAAGUGCUGUCCUAUGUGCAGGAAGGAGCAGUAUGAGACCAGAGUGAUCCACGAUGGAGCUCGCCUUUUCAAAGAGAGGUGUGCCAUCAGAAUUCAAGCGUGUUGGCGUGGCUAUGUUGUUCGGAAGUGGUACGGACAUAUGAGGAAAACAGUUCCCCCAAAAGACAAACAGCUACGACGAAGAUUCUUUGAGACAAAGUUGCAGGAGUUGAAUGACAGCUUUGUCCAAUACUGUCAUACGGACGUAGAGGCUUUCCUGAACGAUAUCGACCAGUCGGUGUCAUCGAGCAGAAGAGUGUUCCAUCAGUUUGAGAGAGAGCACGUCUCGGAGCCGCAGGAAGACGACUGGCAGAAAAUACAGGAAAAGGUCAUCCAGAGAGAUACACGGGACUGUCCCAUCUGUCUCACCGCUCUGUGCAGCGCCAGACUAGAGACGGAGGCAGGGAGGACACUCGCCCAACACCACAGCAACAGACGUACUGUGCUCUUGUCCUGCUCACACCUCUUCCACCAGCCCUGCCUGGAAGCCUUCGAAGCCUUCUGUGUGGAGGGCCGACCUACAUGUCCUCUGUGCAGGUCUCCCUACCACAAAAUACUGGUCUGA